AUGUCUGCUCCAGCUGCUCGCCAAUCCGUCGGUCUCAUUAAAAGAGCAUGGAAUGAGAUUCCCGAUAUUGUCGGUGGCUCUGUUUUAGCCAUUAUUGGUUUGGGUCUUGCUGGAAUUGGUUUGGUAAACUAUUAUAGCCAUGAUGGUGACAAUCGCCGCUAUAAGUACGGCUAUGUUAUUAUGCGUCCCGAUGAUCCAAGAGCUGCUAAAGUCCACAAGGACUAAAUUUAUUGAUUGUUUAGUGCAAAUGUGUGAUUAUCAUUAUUAUUCGAAGAAAAACAAAAAUACAACAUAAAACAGAUUUAUCUUAUUGAUUUAUUGUCCCAAA